AUGCUAUUAUAUGCCGCCUUUGCAGACAAGUAUUCCGCUCAUAAGAAUGCAAAGAAGAAGAAGAAGAAGAAGAAGAAGAAGACAUACUGCUUCCGCAAAGUAUUGAAAGCUAUUCAGAAGUACUUUCAGAGACCAAAGUCAAGUAUAAGAAAGGCUUGGGAAUAG